GGCGGCGGAGGCCCAGGGAGGCAGGCCGGGUCUCAGCGGCAGGGCCCGCGAGCCUCAGCGGGUCUGGGGGCGGCGGUGCUCCUCGUCUGAGGGGCUCCAGCCCCACAGCGGCGGUGGCGCCCGCGGCCCCUGAGCGAACGGAGGACCAGGCCGGAAGGCGGCAGCGCGGCUGCGCCCGGAGUAAGACAAAAGAAUGAAAGAAGUAGAUAAUCUCGAAAGUAUAAAAGAAGAAUGGGUUUGUGAAACAGGAUCUGACAACCAACCUCUUAAUGAUGAUCAACAAAGAAAUUGUGAAUAUUUUGUUGACAGCCUUUUUGAGGAAGCUGAGAAGGUUGGUGCCAAAUGCAUGUCUCCCACUGAACAGAAAAAACAGGUCGAUGUAAGUAUAAAAUUAUGGAAAAAUGGAUUCACAGUCAAUGAUAAUUUCAGAAGUUACUCUGAUGGUGCAAGUCAGCAGUUUCUGAACUCCAUCAAAAAAGGGGAAUUACCUUUGGAAUUACAGGGAAUUUUUGAUAAAGAGGAGGUGGAUGUUAAAGUUGAAGACAAAAAUAAUGAAGUAUGUAUGUCAACGAAGCCUGUGUUCCAGCCCUUCUCAGGACAGGGUCACAGACUAGGAAGUGCCACACCAAAAAUUGUUUCUAAGGCAAAGAGUACUGAAGUUGAGAAUAAAAAUAAUUUGUCUGUUCAACUAAACAAUCUGGAACCCAUCACUAAUGUACAGAUCUGGUUAGCCAAUGGAAAAAGGAUUGUCCAGAAAUUUAAUAUUUCUCAUAGGAUAAGCCACAUCAAAGACUUCAUCGAAAAAUACCAAGGAUCUCAAAGAAGUCCUCCCUUUUCCCUGGCCACAGCUCUUCCUUUCCUCAAAUUGCUAGAUGAAACACUCACAUUGGAAGAAGCAGAUUUACAGAAUGCUGUAGUCAUUCAGAGACUCCAAAAAACCGCUGAACCUUUUAGAGAACUUUCGUAACAUUGAUUUUUGACACACUAAGUGGAAAGUUUGAAGAGAAAUGAUGGUUGUAAAUGAACAUGCAAACCAAAAUGAGGGAAAGGAAGUCAGAUUCGCUGGACUUUUAGUUCGGGCAUGAUUUAACUCCCUCCUGAUGAGAAGAUUUUUAAAUAAGUAUAAGUUAGGAAAGUGAACUAUGACUGGAAACUAUAUUCAAUGCACUUUUUCCAAAAGACUACUCAGAAAGAAAACUAUACUUAUUUUCAAAUACCAGUUAUUCAGCAAUAAGAUAUAUUAAAUCGCUGUAUCAU